UUCAAAAGAAAGAGGUUCUUUUAUAACAUCUUCAGAUAAUGCCCAAAUAUUUACUAUAUUAUAUUGCCUCGAUUUCCCACGGCAGACAUCGUGUAGCUCUUCUACUUCACUCCAUUUUGUUUUUGUUCCCAUCUGCCGUUGUCAACAUGCAUGGUUCCUUACUUUGUUCUCUGUGCCAAGAACAAAAACUGCUACAUGUUGUGCAAAAGCAAUUUAGUCCCUGGCAAGAAACAAGUCUCAGUCCAAAACAAAACAAGUAAACACGAUAUGGAUGUGAUUGGCUCGUGUCCGUACAGCACAUGCGGCUUGGAGGUUUGCAUGAUGACAGCAUGAGGUACAGUCAAGCCUUGACAACCAUUAACAUGCUGACACCAAUAAUCAUCCUGCCAGCAGGGCCCAGGAAGCUACACAUAUUAGUGGUACACAGGAUCAGUCGACAGAUUGGAUGUAACAAGAAGACCACCCUGACACCCCAUCUUCAUCGAUGGCGAUGAAUUGGCGUGGUAGCAGCUGUUGCUAUGUGUAAAGGAGUGCCGCGGCACCAAUGGAGACCGAAGGCUAUCGUGACCUCCCGGAGACCAGCGAUGGUCAGGGGGUAGGCCUCCUGGAUGGACGGGGCGGGGGUGGAGUGGAGGAGAACUGGAGCGCCCCAUAUCCGCUUGGCUUCCAGGUGUCUUUGACCACAGUUCUGAUACUGGAGCUGGUUCUGGGUUUCAGCAGCAACUUGACUGUACUCGUGCUUUACUGCGCCCAGUCCAACCUGGUGGAUUCAGUCAGCAACUUGGUCACCGUCAACCUCCACGUUCUGGACAUCCUGGUGUGCGUGUUGUGUGUGCCGCUGACGGUGGCCGUCAUCCUGCUGCCGGCCAACGGAAGCGGCGUGGGCAGCUUGGCUACGUUGUGCUGCUUCCACGAAGCCUGCGUCACGUUCACCAGUGUGGCCACAGCCGUUAAUGUGCUGGUGAUCAGUUUGGACCGCUACGACAUCUCUGUGCGUCCAGCCAGUCGGCUCCUGAACCCUCGCCGUGCCGGACUGCUCCUGGCGGCCGUGUGGUUCGUCUCUCUGGCCGUCUUCUUCCUGCCUUUCCUUGAGGGGGACUUCUUCUCUUCUCAGGACAAUGAGGAUGAGGAGGAAGGUGGCCCGAACAAUGACUUUGAAUCCAUUACAGGACAGACGACACUUUUUUCUUCCCUUGCACCUUCGGUUUUACCCUCAACAUACCCGUCCUCGGCCUCCCACCACCUUUCUCCGAUAUGGCAGAACAGAACACUGCUGUGCAUCGGGGGGCAAGGCUACUACACGGGAAUGGCCAUGUAUUACCACUUGUUGCUCCAAGUGCCCUGCUUCUUCAUCGCUGUGGUGGUCAUGCUGUUCACCUACUCCCGCAUCCUCCAGGCGCUCAACAUCCGAAUAGGUUCCCACAUGAUGAGGAGUAACCGUACAAAGGACUCGACCUGCAGGAUACGCUGCAGGAGGACCAAGAAAAAGGACCUCACCUUGCCAACAGAGGUAGUGUCCUCCAAUCAGAACCAGAAUCUCUCUCAUCCUCCCCUUAUUCCGUCUCCCACUCCGACGCCCACGUCCCCGCCGCCGCUCUCCUCCAUGCCCCAGGGGAUAUCCGACAGCGGCGCAACGGUCACGACCGUCAGUACGGCUGCCACCACUCCCGUCGCCACCACACCUGCCACCCCUGCUUCUCCAACUCCUGCUUCAGGAUCCAUGCAGACCCACGCCACCUCCCCACUCCCGGCUUCCUCCGUGGGUGUCCAAGCUUCGGUUUCUGCGAUCAUUGCUUUGAGACGGGCCGUUCGUAGACACAGGGACCGUCGGGAGCGCCAACGUCGUGUCCUUAAAAUGUCCCUAAUCAUUAUAUCCACCUUCUUGGGAUGCUGGGCUCCGCUGUCCGCAGUCAACAUUCUGAUCCUGUGUAUGGGCCCCAGCGACGGUUUAGUACGGAUCCGUCUUUGCUUCUUGGCGAUGGCUUACGGAACAACCAUUUUCCAUCCUCUGCUCUACGCUUUCACAAGGCAGAAGCUUCGCCGGGCCCUGAAAACACGAGUCAAGAAAAGGGUGGUGUCCCUUCUUCAGGUGGACCCAGCUCCCAUCGGUGGGACGGUUAUUCAUAACUCCUGGGUGGAGGGGGGAGGCCAGAGGAAGAGUCGCAAGCCCCGAGUGGAGGCAAGCGACGGCACUGAUCGAUGCCUCACCGAGGCGGUGAGGGAAUGAGGCUGGUUGUCCGAUGCGUGUGUUUGGAAUGCCAUUUUCUGUUGAUAUCCUUGCAUGUGUGUGAGAAUUACAUUCGUUUACAAAGGACAGAUUCCACGACCUCUGGCAGAUGAGGAGCCCAGAGUCAUGGGGUCCAAACAAGAGCCACUUUUCUGCACUCCCGAUGUAAGCUAGUUGAGCGCGUUGAACUGUCUCCAUGGCAGCAUAGGGAACACAUAAUGGUGAGACCACACCUGAAAAUGUCCCACAAUAGAGUUUUGGAUGAUUAUUUAAAAACUGCUUUUCCAAGCAUGUGCACAGACAGAAUCACAACACGAACACAUACACUGCACACUGUUCUGCGCUUAGUCAUUAAAAAAAAAAAAAAGCACACAAACAUCUAUAUCUAU